AUGUUACGCUUCCUUGGACUCUCUUCGGCAACUAGCGACGCCAAGUCAGAAUCCUCACGAAGUCUUCCAGCUUCGUGGUACAGGUCCCCGGAACUGCAUCAGCUCGAGAGAAGGGCAAUUAUCUCGAGAAAGUGGAUCCUGGUGACACAUUCGCUACGAUUCAAGCAAGCAGGCGAAUUCGUCUCGUUCGUCUAUGCUGACUUCCCAUUCUUCCUCGUCCAAGACCGCGACGGCAACAUCAACGGCUUCCACAAUGUGUGCCGACACCGCGCAUACCCUGUCGUCGAGAAGAAGUCUGGCAAAGCGAGCAUCCUGAGCUGCAAAUACCACGGGUGGUCGUAUGGGUUCAAAGGCAAUCUUGCUAAAGCGCCGAGAUUCGAUACGGUAACCGGCUUCGAUAAGAGCCAGAAUGGCCUCCUUCCGAUCCAUGUUCGAGUGGAUCCUGCCGGCUUCAUCUGGGUUAACCUCCAAGCAGGCGAACCGGACGUCAAGUGGGAAGACGAGUUUGGCGGCGUGUACCAGAAGCCAAGGAUGCAGAACUUUGACUUCGCGGGAGGUUACAAGUAUGACCACGUCUGGGACAUGGAGCUGGAGGCCAAUUGGAAGGCGGUUAUUGAGAACUACAAUGAGUGCUACCAUUGCCCAACAUCGCACCCCUUGAUUGCGGGAGUAUCGGACUUGACGAAAUAUCAAGUGAAGCCGAGCGGGGGUUGCUUGGAGCACGAGAUCAUCAACAAGAAGGCUCAAGACGAAGAAGACGAGUUCCGGCGCUCGAUCACAUUCUUCUAUCCCUCAACUUCGGUCACAAUCACUCAGAACUUCUUUUACAUCCAGCGAAUGAUUCCAAUCAAUGCGACCAAAACCCGAAUCGAGAAUGAAGUGUAUCGAUCUCACAAUUCCACUGAUGCCGAGUUCGCUGCCAUCAAUGCAUUCUACAAGCAAGUGCUAGAGGAAGACCGAGAUUUGUGCAUCGGGGCACAGGAAAACCUCAGUGCUGGCGUGUUCAUAAGCGGCGAACUACACCCAGAGAAGGAAAGGGGCCCGAUUCAUUUCCAAAACACCGUUCGAGAAGAGGUGAUGAAACAUCGGCGAAGGGAACUGGCGCAAGGAGGCAGAGAAAUCUGGCCAGCCACGCCAAAUCUACUCGGGGAGAUGGGCACGGGGAAAUUAAACGAAGAUGAAGCUUUCUGCUCAGAACUAGAGAAAGCCAAUUGUGGUGGUCGUGAGGAACUAGCCUGGUGA